AUGGCGCUGGCGGUAAAUGCGCUCAGCAUGUCAAACACCAUACUGGUCUUGGCCAGAGACACGGCAUCAAGCAUUUCGGCCACAUCUGGAUUCAAGGGCUAUGGCAUUCCUUACGAACUCGUUAUUGUCCCUCAAGCUGGCAUCAGUCUUCCGGUUCUCAACGGUUCCUCAAGUCAAGGCAGUUACGGAGGCUUCGUAGUGCUCGGCGAAGUUUCCUAUGAUUAUGGUGGCAGCUGGAGGAGUGCUCUGUCGCCUGAACAGUGGCAGCAACUCUACGACUACCAGAACACUUUUGGUGCGCGCAUGGUCCGACUCGACGUAUAUCCUGGUCCAGAUUUCGGUGCUGCCACAGCGAUCGAUGGAGCUGGCUGUUGUAAUGCUGGUGUAGAGCAGCUUGUCAGCAUUAGCAACGCUACCAGCUUCCCUACCGCUAAUCUGAAAGAAGGGGCCACCAUCAGCACACAGGGCUUGUGGCAUUAUCCCGCAAAAAUCACCGACUCCAGCAAAGCCAUAGAGGUUGCUCAAUUUUCACCAGGUGGAUCCUUUACGACGGCGACAACUGCAGCUGUCAUUAACAGUUUUGGUCGGCGUCAGCAGAUGGUGUGGUUUACCAGUUGGGCUACUGAUUGGUCGCCGACAUCAAAUUUUCUUCAACAUGCUUUCAUUCAUUGGGUUACACGCGGUAUCUUCGUGGGUCACCGUCGUCUCUACCUGAGCACUCAGAUCGAUGAUGUGCACCUAGGUUCAGAACUUUAUCAACCCGCCGGCACGACUUUCAGAAUCCGUCCUGGUGAUCUCCAAGCCCAUGUGUCAUGGACGCAGGAUAUCAAUUCCCGGAUGCCGAGUGGAUCGGACUAUUUCAUCGAACUUGCCCACAAUGGGAAUGGUGACAUCGAGGCUGCUAUAAACGCCGAGGCUAAUGCCAACACCAAACUCUGCAACCCUGAUAGUGCCAUUGAUUAUCCAGAGCAGAUCGAUACGUCACUGGAAUUUCAGAAACCGCUUGGGACUGGUACGAAUAUCUGGCCAGCUAGUCCGAACAAGUACAGCUGGAGUCUGGCAUGCGCAAAACUCGACCCUCUUGCAUCCUGGAUUAUGACCCCAAGCAACAGAGACGCAUUUGCACAUGUUUCUCACACAUUCACGCAUGCGGCUCUGAAUAAUGCUACGUAUUCUGAUGUAUCCAAGGAGAUAUCAUUCAAUAUUGCUUGGUCACAGCAGGUCAGCCUGUCGGCCGGAAAACGCUAUUCCGGAAAGGGCCUAGUCCCGCCAGCAAUCACUGGACUGCACAAUGGUGAUGCGAUCAAGGCAUGGAUGGACAACGGCAUCACGAGUGUUGUCGGCGAUAAUACCCGCCCACCUCUGAUGAAUACUGAGAACGAAUUCUGGCCAUUGAUCAGUAACGUCCCUUCGAAUGGUUACGCAGGGUUACUGAUUAUUCCCCGCUGGGCUACCACAAUCUACUACAACUGUGAUCUAGCCGAAUGCACCACGCAGGAAUGGAUCAACACCUCAGGAGGAAGCGGAGACUUCAAUACUCUUCUCGAGAACGCACGUGUAACAAACACGCGCCAUCUGCUCGGAUUGCAUCAAGACCCUUUCAUGUUUCAUCAGGCUAACAUGCGCCAAAUGGAUGUUCCUAACUUUACUGUGGGGCCCAAAUCCGGGAAAAUGUCAUUGUUGAUGAUCUGGACGGAGGUGAUUGUUCAGGAAAUGACGCGCCUGACAAGUUGGCCGAUCACUACACUCAAGCACGAUGACAUUGCGACGCUGUUCAAAAACCGCAUGGCCCGCGACCAAUGCCGACCAAGCUUGUCAUACACCCUGUCCGAUGAUGCUAGCUCGAUCGUCGGAGUUACGGUCGGUUCAAACAGUAACACCUGCAGUGUGCCUAUCCCAGUGACCUUCCCCGGGUCAGCAUCGACUACCGCAGGUGGAACCACCAGCGAGAAGAUCGGCAGUGACCCACUUACCAUCUGGACUCCACUCAGUGGAUCCCCGGUUUCAUUCCAACUUGGAACGCCGGUGCGCAUUUAA